AUGAUAUAAAAUCAAGAUGUGAUUUUGGAAAUAAAUGGCUUUCAAAUUGAUCUAACAUAAGAAAUUUCAAGAGGAGCCUAGGGAUAAAUAUUUGCAUGUAAAUCCAAAUAAAAUACUAAUUAAUAAUUCUGUGCUAAGGUAACAAAAAUUUACUAUAAAAGAUCAUAACAAUAUUAGAUGAUAAUUAAAAAUUUUGUAAAAGAGAAAAGAAGAUAGGAGAAAUGAUUUCAAAUAAUUAAAAAAAUCCAAAUCUAGUUGCUAUAUAUUAAAUUGAUUAAAUUGAAGAUAAAAUUGUAAUCAUAAUGGAAAGAUGUGAAGGCAAUUUACAUUAGUUGAUGGAGUAGAAAAAGUUUAAUGACUUUGAAAUUUUCGAUUUUAUACAAUAGUUUUUGAAUGGUUAUAAAACUCUUUACGAUCUCAAAAUUAUUCAUAAGGAUAUUAAACCAGAAAAUAUAUUAAUCAAAAAUGAAAAUGGCAAAAUAAUUUAUAAAAUUACUGAUUUUGGAAUUUCCAAAAUAUAGGAGAAUGUUGGAGAUAAAGAUAUUACUCGAUAAGGAACUAAAGCCUAUUCAGCCCCAGAGGUUGGUUUAAUUAUCUAAGAUCAAGAAAUACAAUAAAACCUGUCACAUAUUUAAGACCAAAGUGUUAUUGACAUUUAUUCUGUAAAUAUUAAAUUAAUGAUAGCUUGGUCUAAUGCUGUAUUAAUUAAUCUUUUAAAAACUUCCUUUUCAAACGAAAAGAAUUUAAAUUUAAAGAUUCUUUGAAGAAACGAAAAAAAGUCCCUUAAAAAUAAAAGAAAAUACUCAAUACGCUCGUUUAAUAGAAAAGAUGCUUUUAUACAAUCCUCAAGAGAGAUAUUCUUUUUUAGAAUUAAAUUAACAACUUCAAUAAUUUAAAUUGCAAAAUGAUAGUUAACCAGAAUUUAAAUAAGUAUUGAAUCAAAAUAGACCUUCAAUUCUAGAAACUGAAAUCGAGUAAAAUUAAAACCAAGAAAAUAAAAAUAGUAUUUUUAAUAAUUAAAAUGAUAAUAAACAAUAAAUUUAUAAUAGUCAAUAAAAACUAAAUUGUUAAUUUAAGCCUAUAAAGGAUAAUAAAUAGUAGUUAAAUUAAAAUCAAGUUAAUUAAAAUGGUAAUCUUUAGUUUUAAAAUGAUAUUAAACAAUAAUUUAAUAAUAAUCAAUAAAAUAAUAAUUUGAAUUUUUAACCUACAAAAGAUAAUAAUUAAUAGUUUAAUUCAAAGUAAGUUAAUUCAAAUAAUAAUCUUUAGUUUUAAAAUGAUAUUAAACAAUAAUUUAAUAAUAAUCAAUAAAAUAAUAAUUUGA